GCACAAAACAAGGCUUCAUAUUGGGCAAUUAGUGAAGGAUACUUCAGCAAAACUUAAACAAGCUAGUGAAAUAGAUCAUCAUGCUCAAGUUAGUCCAAGCAAGAAGAUCACAGAUGCUAAACUUGCAAAAGACUUCCAAGCAGUUUUGAAAGAGUUUCAGAAGGCUCAGCGGCUUGCUGCUGAAAGGGAAACCGCAUAUACCCCCUUUGUUCCGCAGGCUGUUCUUCCUUCCAGCUAUACUGCCAGCGAGCUAGAUAUAACUUCGGAUAAGACUGCAGAACAACGGGCUCUUCUUGUGGAAUCUAGAAGGUUGGUUCUGAUUACAAAUUUGUCCUUGUAAUAGCACCAUUGAGUCGGCGGUGUUCUUUUCUGAUGUAUAUAGUUAU